AUCUGACAGUGUUCCAGAAUGCAUUCGGAACACGACGUCAUAUGAUAAUAUGACGAUUUCCUUUACCCAGAAUCGAUCUCAAGAACAUUUGCAGUAAAGAUGGCGGCGAGGGCACCAGUGUCAGCGACAGGCCGAUUGUUGUCUGGUUUACGGAAGUGGUACUACAAUGCUGCAGGCUUCAACAAGCUUGGACUGAUGCGAGAUGACACUAUGUAUGAGGAUGAUGAUGUGAAAGAGGCUUUGAAGAGGCUCCCAGAGCCCGUGUACAAUGACAGAAUGUUCCGUAUCAAGAGAGCACUUGACUUGUCUAUGAAACAGCAGGUCCUGCCCAAAGAUCAGUGGACAAAAUACGAAGAGGAUGAUAACUACCUAACACCUUAUGUAAAGGAGGUGGUUUGUGAAAAGAAGGAGAUGGCAGAAUGGAAUAAGAAGUGAAGCAAACCAGGCGUGUGUUCUGUGUUUUCUCAUUUAAUGUAUGUCAAAUAAAAUGUAACAAUCUGGAA